AAAACUAUAUUGAAGUUCAAUCAAAUAUAAUUGAUGACGAUGAGCAAAGUUCUCCAUUAAAAGAAAACUAUGUUGAAGUUCAAUCAAAUAUAAUUGAUGUCAAUGAGCGAAGUUCUUCAUUAAUGGAAAACUAUAUUGAAGUUCAAUCAAAUAUAAUUGAUGAUGAUGAUCUUGAAGAUGAAAAUCUUAGUAAUGAUGAUGUAUUUUUAGAAAGAAUGUCUCAAGCAAGCUAUACUGAUACUGAUACACUAUAUGAAGAUUUGUCUUCAAAUAAUAUGCCAGCUGAAGAUUUAUUAUCUCAAACAAUUUAUCCUGUGCAAGCUUUAAUAACCACAAAUCAUUAA